GGAACACCAAUACAUGCAUAGCGCGCAUUGCAAAAUUUCGAUUGAUUGACUUGAGAAUAAAGAGAUAUUCAAGCCAGUGUACAGGCGAACAACAAAUAAAGAAAACGGUGAAAUAAUUUGGAAAUUAAGAAAACGACAAAUCUAAACCAUAAUCUAACCAAAUAAAGGCGAUUUUUUAGACUUGCAUUGUGGGUUAAAUCCCUAUAUGCAUUGGCCUAGAUUCGUUAUUUGAAACGUUCACAAAAAACCAGUGAAAAUAAUAGUAAACAAUCAAAAAAAUUCUCUGUACCCAUCGGACAAAGUGAGUGAGAUACUGCUGAACACAUCAAGGGGGAAACACAAUUAUUAUUUUUUCCUUAAAACGAUAAAACAAGGGAAACCAUGUCAGAUUUAAUUGAUCGCGCAAAUGGACAGUCAACAACGACGACGGCUAAAUCAAACAGAGUUUCCGGUGUCGUAAAAUUCUACAGUGUUCAAAAAUGCUACGGUUUCAUAAAAAGAGAUGAUACAAAGGAAUAUGUGUUUGUCCAUAGCAAAUCCAUAACUGGCAAGAAUGAACGACGUGUUACACGUUCGCUGGCCAAAGGAGAGCAUGUUGAAUUCGAUGUCGUUAUGAGCGACAGAUCGCCGGAAGCAAUCAAUGUGACGGGUUUGAAACAUGGUCCGGUUCUUGGUUCGGAAUAUGCAUUGAUUACGAUGCAAUGGCAUCAAUACGAUGCAUAUAAACAACAACUACUUCGAAUCGAUGGCAUUUCAUCACGCGAAAAGAGUCCGCGUGCUCGUCGUUUCUUCCAUCGUCGACAGCCAAGAGAUAUGGAUCACAGCGGUAGAAAUGGUGGUAUACGAAACGACCGCGGUUUUCGUCGUCGACGGCCAGCUGCUGAAAAUGUAUCAAAUCAAUCUAAUCAAGAGCAAAAUAUCGAAAAUUCCGAAAAUAAGCAAAAACCACGUCGACGUUAUAAUCGUAAUCGUAAAUCGAAGAAUAAUAACACCACAGAACAGAGCAAAGAUGAUGCAAAUACCGAAUCACUGCUCACUGAAUCCAAUCUAACGACAUUGCUGUCCGAACUAAAUAUGGGCAAUCAAACAUUGAACACUGCCAACAGUACUUCAUCGGAAUCAAUGGAUUUUGAAAAAAUCAAUAGGGAAGACACAGACACCAAUUUAUGUGGCAUUUCAUUAACAUCCGCUUCAAGCCGUCUUGCUGCCUCCUUCAACAAAGGAAAUUAAUUUUCAUUUUCGUUUCGUUCAUUUCCACAUAAUAAGUGCAUCUACCACAAAUCACUACACUGUAAUUUGUUUUACCUUUCUGGAAUCUCGUUCAACGCUCAUCCACACAGGACAUUUCCACGAUUCAAUAGACGAAUAGAUCUAAUUUGCUUUUUUUUUAAAACAAAAGAAGUUAUUGUUUAAUUUUCAUGUUCUACAACAUUUUUGUAUUUUACAACAAAAAUGAAUGAAAAUCACUGCGUUAAGACCUAUUAAAUAGGUUUCCCGUUUUUAAUGAUGUUGAUUUAAUCAAAAUGAAGAGAGAGAAAAAAACAAAGACCAUUCUUCCUUUUUUUCUGCGAAAUACUUUAUAAUACCGGUUAAUUACUUUUACGACAUAAUAAAACACACUGAAAAAAAAGAAAAAGAAAAUAGAAGUUACGGUUCGAUCGAUUUUAAGUUUCCAAUUAUGUUAACAAGUCUUAGGUUUACAAACAAAAAAAACAUUCGAC